GCUGCCAUUACUUUUCUCAUUCAUUCAUUCAAGAAACUUUUAAAUAAUAUAUUUCAUCCUCCCAACAAUUUCUUGCCAUUUUCACAAUCAGUAGUGACGUUUUUGUCUCUCUAGUUGACUUGACUUGUGGAAAAAUGGUAGAAAAAGAUGGGUUGAAUUCGAGCCAUUGCAUGUGGAAGAUAUAUAUGUCCAGAAACCUAAUUUCAGAAUCAUUUACAUUUUUGUCUCUCAAGUUUGACUUGACUUGUGAAAAGUAGAAAGAUUCAAACCCCAAUAUGACGUAUUAAAUUGCAAGGGGAAGAUGUCAUAUAUGCCCAGAGCCUUAAUAAUAAUUACAUUCAUCAGUACCUCUCCUCUCCAACAUCAAUCCCAGAAAAAUGAGUCUAGCAUUUUACCUCCUCCUAUCUUGUGCUUCUCUUCUUCUGUUUCUAGUAGUGGAGUCCAGUGCUCGGACAUAUUCUUCUAAUUGUAGCAGUCCAUCUUUAUGUGUAAACAACGGGGUGAACGUUAGCUAUCCGUUUCGCUUCAGAGGUGAUCCAGAAGGCUGUGGAAUUCAAGACUUUGAGCUGGAAUGCGAGAAUGAACGGACGGUCUUAUAUAUUGGCACUGCAAGAUACUACGUUUUGGGAAUCAACUAUGACAAAGGUACAAUCCGACUUAUCGAUGAGGGCAUCCAAAUGGGAAACUACUCCUCUCUCCCUAUCCAUAACCCAAGCCUAUUGCCUUUCGAAUUUGAUGGUGGUUAUUAUAGACUUUAUAGAGGAUAUUUGAACAAUUAUUAUGCAAUUAUAGCAAAUAUUAAGUGCACAAUUAGGCCUAUGUCAGAAUGGGAAGAUGGAGAGCAAUAUUUUACUUUAAUGAAUAAUAUCACAUCUUCUUCAGAAGCCAAUGCUCUUAAUGCUUCUUCUUCCAACUAUACUAGCUACGUUUUGUUCGGCAUUUUUUCACCAUUCAAUCUGAAUAUUAGCAUACUCGUGGGAUGUGGCAUAGAAAGCGUGCACAUGACAGUGGGGAGCUCACCUCCAUCUUGGUGGAGAGAAAGGCGGAGGACCAACUCUUCCAUAUUAUUCUCGCACUUCCAUAACGAAUUAGCUUGUGGAUUUGAGUUGACAUGGGAUUUGUGUUAUUUGUGUAAUAAGGAAGGGACUUACUGCAGUUGGCCUUGCAUCAAUUAUGGUUACUCUCAUUAUCAACGUCUGAUGUACUUUAUCCAAGAUGAUGUUCUACCAAGAUUGGCAAAGUUCGGUGAAUUCCUUGCAGCAAGGACAUUUUUUGGGUGGCUGCUACUUUCCAUUUACCUAAUAUACAAAUGCAGAAGAAGGCAUCUGUCGGCCUUUGAUUCUAUCGAAAGCUUCCUACAAAGCCACAAUAACCUGGCACCCAUUCGCUACUCCUAUUGGGAAAUUUGGAUGAUGACAAAAGCUUUCAAGGAAAAACUAGGAGAAGGAGGCUGCGGCUCUGUCUACAAAGGAAUUCUUCGCAGUCAUCACCCAGUCGCAAUAAAAUUGUUGGGCAAGAGCAAAGCCAACGGGCAAGAUUUCAUAAGCGAAGUCGCCACAAUCGGAAGAAUUCACCAUGUCAACGUGGUUCAACUUAUUGGAUUUUGCGCUCGAGGAUCCAAACGCGCCCUUGUGUACGACUUCAUGCCCAAUGGUUCCCUAGAGAAGUACAUCUCCUCCUCGCAUGAGGGUGAGUCCACCGCCUCUUCUUCUUUGAGUUUGAGUUGCGAACAAAUGUACAGGAUCUCGCUCGGUAUCGCAAAUGGUAUCGAGUAUUUGCACCGAGGCUGUGACAUGCAAAUCCUGCAUUUCGAUAUCAAGCCUCACAACAUUCUUCUCGACGAGAACUUCGUACCUAAAGUUUCCGACUUUGGCCUUGCAAAACUGUAUCCAGUCCAAAACAGCAUAGUGUCUCUCACUGCAGCAAGAGGGACCAUGGGCUACAUGGCUCCGGAGCUGUUCUACAAAAACAUUGGCGGGAUUUCUUAUAAGGCUGAUGUUUAUAGUUUUGGGAUGCUAUUGAUGGAAAUGGCGGGAAGGAGGAGAAAUUUGAACGUGCACAUAGAAAAACUGAGCCAAAUCUAUUUUCCGUCGUGGAUAUAUGAUCAAUUCAAGGAAGGGAAUGAGGUCAAUAUGGGGGAAACUAAUGGGGAGGAGGCGGAGAUGGUUAAGAAAAUGGUGAUUGUGGCCUUGUGGUGCAUACAAUUGAAGCCCAGUGAUCGGCCUCCAAUGAACAAGGUGGUUGAGAUGCUCGAAGGAGAGGUUGAGUUAUUACAAAUGCCUCCAAAGCCUUUCCUCACUCCCUACGAAAUGGGAACGGAGGCCAAUUAGUUAAGAAAGUUUGUAAUUUGUGCUUUAUUUCUAGUUAAUGAUGCAAUUUUUUAUUUUGAAUAAAUGAUGUAUAAUAUAUAGUAUAAUGUGAAAUUUUAUGUGUAUCUGGAUGUU